AAAUUACUCGGUGGUAAUACAAAUAUCAUGGAAAGUGUGUUAAAUGAACUUCGGGAGUUAGGUGAGCAAUUCGCAACUCAUGUCCAGCGUGUGAAGCUUCUAAAAAAUGAGGAAGAUGUUAGUUCCCUUAAAAAGGCGAUAUCCAGCCUAGAGAAUGAUCUUAAGCAACUCCGAAUGACCUAUGAAUGCCAGAUAAAUCACUUGAGUACUACUCUAAAUAUUGUACUGGACGAAAAAAGAGACUUGGAGAAUGAAAUUCUAGUAAGGAAAGAAAAUGACGCUCAUUUUCUGGAUAGGUUCAGUUUUUUACGAUUGGUAUGUAUUUUGCAGGAUUUCAGUGGAAUCGUCUAAAAAUGCUAAACUUCUUCUGGAGAUAAGUCAUCUUAAAACUGACGUUGCCGAAAAAACUAAUCAGAUUACAGCGCUGAAAAUGCAUGUACAAGAGUUGGAGACACAUGGGGAAGAGAAAGAGAACGUGAAAUUGAAACUUACUGAGGAGAUAAAUUUUCUAAAGCAAAAACUUUCAAUGUCUGAAGAUCUAUACACUGAGACUGCUAAUCAGCUUCAAAGUGCAUUGAUGGCAUUAAAUUCUCAAAAACUGUUUGCGAAGGAGCGUCUUAGUCGCAGUCAAAACAGAAUACAAUGGUAUAUCUCUCAGUUCGCCGCAAAAGAUUUCCAAGUUGAAGAAUCUCGCAGAAAGGAAGCUUCCAUUUCUACUGCCAUCUCUCAACUGCGUGCCAAAGCCCAGGAGGAACUUAUUCAGUACCGUCAGCAAGCUGCAGACAUCUACAAGAAACCAAUAGCUACUUUGCAAAGUCAGUUGGUUUCGGAGAGAAGAGAAAAUCGAUUUUUGAAGACUAAAUGUCUGAAGAAUGAUCAAACAAUUCUUAACUUGCAGCGGCAAACUGCUGAAUUGAAUUCUAAAGUUUACAGCACUGAACAUCAAACUGAACUUUUGAAGAAUGCUUUGGAAAGUUUGGGGAAGGAGCAUAAUCGCUUAAGAAGUACCUAUGAGGAUAAGAUUCAGAGACUGGAGGCUUCUAUAACUUCUAGUGCCGUUGACUUUGAUUUAAUGCGAAGUAAAGAGAAUAAAGUUAUGAAGGAAUUAUCAAAAUUUAAAAGCAUGUUGAAUUUAGACGAAGAGAGUCUCCACACACGGAUAUAUAACGAACAAAUUAAUCAAGUUAUUGGGGAACUGGAUGAUGAGGAGAAUUUUCAGCGUUUGGAAAAUGACAAAAAAAUCGAAUUUGACAGAACAUAUGAACCGAGAGCUAUCUCACAUACGGAUUGUGCCGUUCCAUCAAAAGGUAUACAUUCUUUUGUGAUGGCAUCAAAUGGUGACCUCCGCGACACUCCUCAGAAUAUUGAUGUUGAGUUACAAAACUGUGAUCAAGUAAACUUUGACACGAAGAAGUUUGGUCUAAGUUCUUCCAAAAAUGCAAUCAUGGAUACAAAAAUCAAUGCCUCAGUACCUGGUAGUCCAAAUUCAUCGAUGUGCUUAUCAGGAUCCAAUGCUAUUGGAUACUUACAAAUUUGUGAAAUUGAUCCCAAUGGUGAGUAUUUACUUCUAUGGAAUUCAAGUACAAACAAGGAAAUUGAUAUUGGAUUACAUAAAGUUUGUCAAAAACAUAUUCAAGAGAAAAUUAAUGAAUAUACAUUUCCAGCUGAUGUUCGAAUGUCACCACGAACUGUAUUUACUUUAUGGUCGAAUAAUGCCAUUAUACCAAAGAAUAUUCAUAAUACAAAAAAUGUAUUCCGAUGUCCAAAUAUUUGUAAAUGGUUCAAUGGUCCAAAUUACAUAACUAUGGUAUCAAAUUCUCGUGAUGAGGUAUUUAUUGUUGUUUCUCAUCUCAACACUUUAUUUUUAUUAUUUUAUUUUUAACGUUUACUGUUAUCUAAACUAUGCUUUCCUCCUCAAUUGUUAAUUAUCAGUAUAGGGGUUGUGGAGAUUAUUAAGUUUUUGAUUGAGAUCAUGAACCGAUUGAUGUUAGACCACCGUUGAAAACCUGGAAGUACUGGACGGCCGUUUCGUCCUAUUGUGUGACUCCUCAGUAGUGCGCAUCCACGAUCCCGCUUGUGGCAUUCGAACCCAGGGCCUUCAGUCUCGCGCGCGAACGCUUAACCACCAGAUCACUGAGUCGGUAUCCAAUGGUGUUGGUGUCUAACACCAACCAAUCCACGAAAUUGAGCGACCAUCUUCCAUUGUACUGAGGUAGAUGCCUGUCUCUAUCCGACACGGACUAGCUCCAUUGGUCACGGCUUCUCACUAGAACUCCGAGAAUUCCCUCACGAAGCUAGUCACUAGUAAGCACAUCUUUCAGUGUUGCUUUGCUACCUUGUAGAUUAGAUCUCUAGAUGAAAGGCUCCGAGUGUGUCUCCCUAGGAAAACCACUUGCUUCUGUUUGGGUGCCCGAUCAGUGUUCCAGCCCUCACGCAGAUCGGAUGGCGAAGUGUGGUGCAUAUAUAUUUGGUGCCUCCUUGUACCUAUG